AAGAAGCGAUUGAACAAUAUCAUGUUGUCCUCUUCCUCCAGCUCUAUCAGCUAUGUGGUUAAGCAGACUUUCAGCGGAGAGGGCUUGGCUCGCGAAUCAACAAGUUCGCAGACUCUCGGCAUUUACGGUUGUGACGAAGAGUCGUUCGCGGCAUCGGCGACGUCAUGAAGAAGAUAGGAAACGUCAACAUCCGUGGCUCCUCGGUCUCUCCGCUGCGGCUAUCGGUGGAGGAUUAUACUAUGCGCAGAGAAGAGGAGCUCUACAGGCGGCGACUCAACCGAAAGGGGUCCCCGGCGAUAGGGUCUUCGGUUAUAAGGAAUACGAUGCGACAGAGGUUUCGAAGCAUGACACCAAGGAGAAGCGUAUCUGGGUCACUUAUCGGCAAGGGGUCUAUGAUAUCACUGAUUUCGUUGAGAAACAUCCCGGGGGCGAAAACAUUCUCCUGGGUGCCGGGGGCUCUAUCGAGCCUUUCUGGCAGAUCUAUGGAGUGCACAAGAAGCCUGAGAUCUUGGACAUGCUCGAGGAGUACAGGAUAGGUAACCUCGCCGAUUCGGGGGACGCUCUGAAAAAUACUGAGGAUCCAUACGCAAACGAUCCUGUGAGACAUCCUGCUCUCAAGCCUGCAUCUUUGAAGCCCUUCAACGCGGAGCCACCCCUGAAAAUUCUAGCGGAAAGAUUUCUGACACCGAAUUCUCUCUUCUACGUGAGACAUCACCUGCCAGUCCCCGAUCCCUCACCGGCGGAGUACGCUUUAGAAGUUGAGGGUAUCGGCAUUGAGGGAACCAAAACGCUCACCCUUGAGGAUCUCAAGACCAAAUUCCCUAAGGUCACCAUAACGGCGGCCCUCCAAUGCGCGGGGAAUAGGCGCUCGGAGCAAAACAAGAUCAAGAAGGUGAAAGGAUUGGAUUGGGGCGCGGCGGCGAUAGGAAACGCCACGUGGUCGGGAGCACGUCUCACAGAUGUUUUGGCAUACCUUAGGGUCGACUGCAAUGACCCUCGCAUCCAACACGUCAUAUUCGACGGCCUGGAUCUCGAUCCGACGGGGAAACCGUAUGGCGCUUCCGUGACUGCGAGACGGGCUCUAAACCCGGGCAAUGACGUAAUUCUGGCGUACGAAAUGAACGGAGAGACUCUCCCGAGAGAUCACGGUUACCCGGUCCGCGCAAUCGUCCCCGGGGUUGUCGGUGCUCGCAACGUCAAAUGGUUGGGAAGAAUCGUCCUCUCGGAGAUCGAGUCGGACUCGCACUGGCAACAAAACGAUUAUAAAGGUUUCUGCCCCAGCGUGGAUUGGGACACCGUGGACUUCAAGAAAGCUCCGGCGAUCGAAGAGCUGCCAGUUGUUUCUUCGAUAUGCGAUCCGGCCGAUGGAAGUGAGGUUCCCAUCGUAGAUGGGAAAGUCUUCCUGAGAGGCUACGCUUGGUCUGGCGGCGGUCGCAAAAUCGUCAGGGUUGACGUGUCGGCCGAUGGCGGGAAAACUUGGUGUGAAGCUGAGCUAGUUGAGCAGGAGAAGAAUACUCACCACUUCAGGACAUGGUCUUGGACGAUCUGGCAGGCGAGAGUUCCAGUGAAGCCCGGGCAGAAAGAAGUCGAGCUGGUAUCCAAAGCUGUCGAUGCUUCCUACAACUCGCAACCGGACACAGUCGAGCCCCUCUGGAACCUCAGAGGCGUUUUGAACAACUCGUGGAGCAGGGUCAAAGUCACUCUGAAAUCAUGAUAAUCGCCUCUGCCCUGACCAAGUGCAUGAAUCAAAGCUUCGUGUUUGGCCGGGGAGCCUUAUUUGCUCAAUACGGGAGCAGUGCUCUGAUGAUUCCAGCGACCGAAUUUAUCAUCCACCUGCCAUAGAGCGCUACAUACAUAUAUAUAUGUGAUUCUCGCCGUCGCCCUGGACGAUAGGUUGUUACUGAAUUAAUCACGAUGGAAAUAAAGACAACC